GCGGGGCUUUGGCUUUCUGCCCUAGGCCCCAGUGAGUCUAAUGCUGGCCCUGCUUGGAGGCCCCCCUGAAACCUGCUCGAGACCCCCUAGGGGCCCCCGGUUGAGAACUACUGCUGUAAGCAAAGGGGCUGCCUGGCCCCUGGGUGCGCUCACGGGCCCUUCGGAAGAGCGGGGCGCUUGCUUCCCUUGGCUCCGUGCAGCAAGACAGGGGCUUUCCGUAUCACUCUGCUGUCGUCAUCGCUUGAUUUGUCCAGCGACCUUCACCGCACUGCUCACAAACAAUGAGCUAAUUGCAGCCCAUCCGAUUGCAUCAUCCGCCUUUCUAGCCCGGGGCGGGGGCCCAAGGACGGUGAUUAAACAACUCCUAAUCGCCCUGCUAUGAGACUGAGAAUUGCUCUGGUUCUGAUGCCCUCUGGGCAGGUAGCCACCUCCUCCUGAUUCAACACUGGCACCUCCCAGCAGACCUGUCAAGCCCUGGCUGGCCAGCAGCCGUAUCGCUGUGUUCCUUCCCGGGCUGGCUGCACGGACAGUUUCUUCUACCACUGACGUCAGGGUGCGGAGCUGGGCACCCGCCACUCCUUAUCAGGGCUCUCUUGUUGUUGUAACCCAUUGUAACCCGGCGGGCCGUGUGCUGGGGGGUGUGGCGGGGGAGGAGACGGCAUGCGGAGGGUAGCUCGAACAAACAGAUCUGUUGCAUCAGCUGGCGGGGCGCCAGGCCUGCUGCAGGAAACAGAUCGAGCCCUUCUCGAGCUGGGUUUCUAUUGGUUCCUCCCCAAAGCCCUGGGGAGCUCAGAGAGGUGGGGCAAUCGCGCUGUUAACGAUCGAGCGCAGCCAGUGCUGACAGCCCUAGGAAGAUGAGACGGGCUCUGCAGGGCGUUCGCUGCACCAGGGACUGCAGAGAGGCGAGCUGGGCAACAGGCUUGCUCCAGGGCGCAAAGCAUGGGUGCCUGAGCUCGGCAGUUCCCGGGGCCUGGCUCUGCCCUCGGCCUCGGCUGCCUUUGGCUAUAAUUAGUCCAUGUUUGUAUUGAACCUAGAAACCACAGCCCUGGACCAGGCCCUCGUUACACUAGGUGCGGUACAAACAUACCAAGAGAGUCCGUGCCCCAGGGAGCUUGCAAUAGAAGGGUAUUAGUUCCUCCCGGCUUUAUAGGGUCUUUUCCCAGCAUUGCCACGGCUGACUCGGCAGGACUCUAGGCACUUAGCUUACCCUCUUGUCUAAUAUGGGGGUGACUGGUCCUGACUUCCUGGGGGGCUUUGUGGCCUGAUGACUGUAACGUGCCUCUAGGCCUGUAGAUAAAAGGAGCUGCCUGUGUAAUCCCUAGCGCUCUCUAAGAGCUAAGUGGUAUUACUGUGUGCAGAGCAUUGUUCUCCAUGCUUGUUACUGAAGAGCCCCAAAACAAAGCCAUUGUUCCCUGUAGCCCAGACCUCCCGAACUCCUGCCCCUGCCGGCAGUGGGGCGGCUGGAGGGUUAGGGGGCAAUCGGUGUGUUGAAAUGACCCUGAUGCGAGCGGUGACCUCGGGGGACGGGCCUGGAUGGUUAGCUGGGAAGCUUGUGCUGUUAGCACUUGGGUCGGGGCAGUUGCCUGCCUGACCCCCAUUGUGACCCACGAUAAAUGGGGAUGGGAGCCUCCUGGGGCAGCUGCAUUCUCAGCGUCUCUCUCUCUCUCCCCGCAGAUCCUGCAGGAGGGCACGGAGCGGGCCCAGCGGCAGCUCUUCAUUGAGGCCUUCGUCUCUGCCGGGAGGGUGGAUAACAUCACCAUGGUGAUGGGGCUGCACCCGGAGUACCUGGCCAGCUUCUGGAAGACACAGUACCUGCUGCUGCGCCUGGAUGGGCCCUUGCCUUACCACAAGCGCCACUACAUCGCCAUCAUGGCAGCGGCCAGGCACCAGUGUUCCUACCUGGUUGGCUUCCACGUGGCGGAGUUCCUGAAGGUGGGCGGGAACCCGGGCUGGCUACAAGGCCUGCACUGUGCCCCCCAGAAACUGAGGAACCUCAACGAAAUCAACAAGAUCCUGGCUCACCGGCCCUGGCUCAUCACCAAGGAGCACAUAGAGGCCCUCCUGAAGACAGGCGAGAACAGCUGGUCCCUGGCAGAGCUCAUCCAGGCCCUGGUGCUCCUCACGCACUACCACUCGCUCGCCUCCUUCGUGUUCGGCUGCGGCAUCAACCUGGAGACCGACCAGGAGGGGGGGCAUGCCUUCCAGCCACCUUCGCCACGCAGCUGCGACAGCAGCCCAGCCUCCGAGGACGGAGUGAGCGGCUCCAGCGGCAAAGAUGCCAUGCAGGAGGUGGAGGUGCUGAUGGCGAGGAUGAAGCUGCUUCAGGAGUGCCAGCUGGAGGAGGAGGGGGUCACACAGGAGGAGAUGGAAACCCGCUUCGAGCUGGAGAAGACGGAGAGCUUGCUUGUGGCCCCUUCGGUCGACAUUGCUGAGCACGCUCUGCCUCCCAACGUCCUGUGCUUCGUGGAGGAUCCGGAGUUUGGAUACAAGGAUUUCACGAGGAAAGGAGAGCAGGCCCCACCCACCUUCCGAGCUCAGGAUUACACCUGGGAAGACCACGGCUACUCGCUGAUUAACCGCCUGUACCCUGACAUGGGGCAGUUGCUGGAUGAGAAGUUCCAGGUCGUCUACAACCUGACCUACAACACCAUUGCCAUGCACAGCGGGGUGGACACCACCAUGCUCCGCAGGGCCAUCUGGAAUUACAUUCACUGCGUCUUCGGCAUCAGAUACGACGACUAUGACUACGGGGAGGUGAACCAGCUCCUGGAGCGCAGCUUGAAAGUCUACAUCAAAACCGUGGCCUGCUACCCAGAGAAAGCCACCAGGCGGAUGUACACCCACUUCUGGAGACACUUCAAGCACUCCGAGAAGGUGCACAUGAACCUGCUCCUGCUGGAGGCCCGGAUGCAGGCGGCCCUGCUGUACGCGCUGAGAGCCAUCACCCGCUACAUGACCUGACGGGGCUGCGCUCCCCACGCCCUGCCAGGGACGUGCCGCACUGCAGGGGAGCCUGACUUCACCGUGGGUUUGGGGUCCGUCGGGAAAUACUCUGGGCCCCCUGGAGCGAUGGGCCCAGGGGGCUCCUCCCCCCACUCUCCCCGGGGCCGUUAGACACCGAACUGCUCAGCCCCUUCCCCAUGUAACGAAGAACCGCCUCCGCCAUGCCCAGUGUUCCCAUGGAUACUGCCCGGCAGGAGCCGUCCUGGGGCCUGUCAGCCGGGCCGCCGGCCGGGGCCGAACUCCACAGCAGGACUCCUGCGCUGCCGUGAAGCGGACGUGCCUUUAUAGUGUUAGCGUGUAACGAAAUCAGACUGAGCUCCCUCCCUCCCUCGCUGGCUGCUGCCCCCUCUGUGCCGCGCACGCCCGUCCUGAGGCUGGUGACUAGUGCAAUGGACAGCAGAGAACGGAGCUGCCGGGCCUGGGGCUGCUGAGGGGAAGGGAAGGGCCUUGCCUCGUACCAAAGGGCGCUCUGCCGGCGGGCUUACCCGGCUCCCACGAACGUGCGUCUCUCUUCUCCCUGCCCCCAUGGCCCGGCGUGGCCUCUCUGCGUGUGUUGAUGUAAGGCUGAGAGCCAUCCCGCCGGGCACUGGCAGUUUCCCACGGGGCCUGGUGGGGAGGGCCAAGGGCACAAAUUCCCCCAGCCCCAUGCUGCUGCCAUGGCCACCACACUACAUUUCUUCUUGGCCGAGUGUCCCCUGCUCCUGCUCUCCAGAGCUCUGCUGCACUGAACGUCUUUGGGCUGGGGAUGGAGGGAGAUGGGGGCACGGGUGGGAUGCCCCAGUCUGUGGGGCUGUUCUGCACAGCCCCUGCCUCAAAGGGCGGGCAGGCGCUUGUCCGGGUAGGGUAACCUGAAGCCCACGGCCUCUUGCUCAGUGCUCAGCCCUGCAGAUGCACCCCAGUCGGGCCGUGCGCUGGGUGUGAGCGUCUCUGCCCGGGCAGUAGAGUUUGGGCCGGAAGCGCCUGCUGUCAGGGCCUGGGGGAGAGCCCCUGUGGACGUGAUCCCCUGCACUGCUGACAGGGGUCUCCAGUUCAGGGCUUGGAAGUGCCCAGUAGAAGCAGGUCUUGUCUGGGGGUGGCAGGCUGCAGCAACCUGGGCGCGUUUGUCUUGCACAUAUCCUGUGCCCUCAUGGUUCAUGGCGUGUGCAACUCUGGCUCCCCUUCUUCUGCUCAGCGCGGUGGGGGAGGGGGGGGGGUCUGUACCAUGUGUGCAGAGAGCUAAAGGGUGAAACCUCCCCAGAACGUGUGUCCCUCCCGCUCCUGGCACCAGGCCGCCCUAGCCACGCACGGAGGUUCGAAACUGUGAAGCAAACCUGGAGGCUGCUCUCUUCACCUCUUGCUACUUGUACCUGGCUUCGUCCUGAAACCAGCCUCAUCCGCUCGCCCCACCCACCUCCGUCCCCUCUCUCAAGUGUCCCAGGUUUCAGCCCCCGCGUUACCUAUGUCCCUCCCAUGUCAGGCACCCUGUCCUCUGUGCUGCUGAAAAGUCUUGUCUCCGAAAUAGCCCUUGCUCUGAGGUCCUAGGAUGCAGGCGGUGUGUGCUGGAGGUGGGGAGCAUACACUGUGUGAUGCUUUCUGAACGAGGCCUUUUUCUUUGUGCCCGUCGUUUUGGGUCUGUUUUGCUCAGUGUCCCAUGUCUGUUCUUGGUAGGUCGAGAGGCCCUGAGGGUAAAUUCACCCUCAACGAGGCCUAUGUCCCACUUACCUCCCUCUGUUCUGAAGCGGGUCGUAGGUGGUGCAUCAGCCUAAUGCUAGAACCUCUGCACGUGGGUGAGUUUCCCUCCUCUUGCCAAAGACAGAGGGACCAUUUGCCUCUUGAGUCCACCCAGGAGGGCUGUGAGCAGCUCCACUGUGGACUCCACACCAGAACCAGCCAUUCAUUGCAGGAGUCAAACUGGGUGGGGAUUUUCAGGGUCUUUCUUAAUUGUUGUCAAUAUUUCAAUUAGCUAGAAACACAAACGAAAUCAGCCGGACUUGCCGGCUGCUGCAAGAGAGACUGCAAAGAGGGCAAAUGCUUCUGGGGUGAUGUCCACUUAGAACCAGGCAUAGAGCAAUUGAAACUUACGACUCACUUUUUCUGCCCGGGGGCAGAUCUUCUCUGGUCACGUUCCUUUUUUUUGGAAAGCAUUACACGGUGCAGGAUAUCGCGUGUGUUCUACAUGCUGCAUUGUAAAGCAAGGACGAUGUACACGCACCCUUGGGGUACAAUGCACGUGUGUAAUACGUAUGUGUAUAAUAUAUACACUCCAUUGUAAAGCAAGGUUUGUGUACAAACAGCCCUAUGUUUGUGUAUUUUUUAUUUUAUUUUUUUACACACACACACACACACACCCCUUGCUCUUGCAAUGCAGUGUGGGUGUCUCCUUUUCUCUGGCUAGAGGCAAUCCCUUUUCACAAGCGUGGGACCUCUCUUCCCUCACUGUAGCACUGCACAUUCUAGCAGCUGAUGCGCUGUGAACUCAAGACGGUUAGCACUGUUUGAGAUGGGCUGCCCCUGCUCCUUCAAGCCGGCUUCUCUUUCCCACGCCCGUGUGCGAGGUGACGUGCUUGCCCUGCUGGCAGGCUUGCACAGGGUAAGCUCUGGACAGCAGUAUCUAUUUGGGUUUGUGAAGUUGGCCAGACCCCGUAUGCCAAUAGGGAGGGAUGGGAGACUGCAGUGUGUGAGACUUUGGAGGGGCGGGGGGAGGGGUGAAGCAGAUGUCUGUAGCUUUAUCCAGAUGUGCCACAGCAUUUCACACUCGUGCAGGUCACUGUGAAAUGCCCACUGUCUGAGCUUUGCCGGUCGGCAGCCGUUCCCUCCUUCCCACUCUUGCUUUCCCUGGAGUGACUAGUGUGUGGAGCUGACAGCCCCGCCUGUCGCUGUGGUGAAGGACCGGUCGCAGAGCCGUCAUUCUGUGUAAGUUAUUGUUUUCGGAUGGGUUUCCUCCCAAGUGGGGGUGAAAAUGCUGAUUGUUGUGACUUUGUUGCCAAUUCUGUUUUGAUGAGAAAUAAAGUUGACUUUUAUUUCCCAAA